ACUGAAACGACUCCAGACAUUUCUUGGCAGCAGUUGGAGUGUAGAUGCGGAGCGAGUCUAGAGUUCACCAUCAUACCGGGAAGCAACGCCAGCACACUUAAUUUCAUUAUAUACUGCGAAGUGUAUUUGAGCAGAUUAUAUACUCAGCUACCUUUACUAUAUCUUUAUUUUAUAUUCACUCUUUAUUUGGUCCGCGGUAGUGUGUGGAAGUUUGGCGCGCGCACGUGUUUUAUCUAUUGAUACAGCUAUAAGGAGUGAGGACAUGGUGUCUGCUGUAAAGUUUCUCAUCUCUAAGCUGCUUUCUCCUCUUUGGAGGACAGUGGAUGAGGAACCGGAUGGCUUUUAUUACAGCACAGGUAUGGAGGAGAUUCGACAAAUGCGAGGUAGUGUAGUGACUCAUCUAUGCGAGAAUUACGGGCUGAUUGAUCAUUCUGUGUACUUCACUGUUGAAGAGGUGCUUGGAGGAGUGCCUCUGCAUGUGGGUGAUGCUGUUAAUGCUCUGGCUGUUCAAGAUGGAACCCAUGGAGGGUGGAGGGCUUUACGGGUGGAAAGGCAAAUUGAUACAUGGGAAGGAGGCAGUUCCUCACUUGAAACAGACGCUAAUAAGUUCAGGGCUCUGAUUGGAACAGUAACAUCAUGCAAUAAAGAUGGCGGAUUUAUUAAUCAGACGACGUAUUUUCCCCGAUCAGCCCUGUGUGAAGGUUUUGAGCCCAUUAAAGGAGAUUGGGUGCAGGCAGAAUACUUCAUUAGCCCCACAGAUUGGAGCAGUCAGGCUCGAACUGUUGCCCCGCUACGAUACCAGCGCAUGGACAAAAUGCAUGUGUCUCGUGUGUUUGGCAACGGUGGGGUUGUUGGAGACAGUGUGUUUUUCAAUAUGGACUCACUGCUGUUGCCAGCUGGAUACAAACCCGCACAAGGAGAUGCAGUGAGCGUUGUGGUGGUGGAGAGCAGUCAGUCAUUGUAUUGCUGGAGGGCACUCUGUAUGGCCCCCAUUGAUAAACACAGGGUGAAUGGGUCGGAGACUAUAUUGCCGGAAGCUGAAAUCCAGACGUUGCUAAAAAAUAAAGGGGGGCUUGUGGUCAGUGAGGAAACACAUUUUGGAUCUUUGUGGCUGGGGGAGAGUAAAGAGCUGCUUAUAUUUCUUCACAAUACUGGUUCAGAAACCCACAAACUGAAGUGGUGUGAAUUUGCUGGCUGGGACUCGGAGGAGCAGUUUUCAUUUAGACUGACGCCACGUUACGCCAACACUGACCUUACAUCAAACUCCAAGCUUCAACAAAUCAUCCCAACCAACCCCUACAUGCCCUUCCUCCGGGUAUCUGGAAGAGGCAUUGGAUCAGGGCAUGGCCUCUAUGAUUUCCCCAGUUCUUCCUCUGUACCUGUUGGGGAAGAUGGGGAAAGACAUAAAAAUGGUUUUGUGGAAGAUAUUGAUAAAGAGGUUACAGAUAAUGCUGAGGAGGCACCACGUUUGCGGGCAAUAGAGAGAAAUCUGAGCAUAUUACCAGGGGAGAAGGUGUCCAUCACUAUAGGUUGCCAUGCUAAAAACCUGGGGCGGUGUGCAGAGCUGCUGUUGCUGCGCUUCUCUUCGUUUACCAUUGGGAGGCGCUUGGAGGUUUCUGUGAGCAGUGUAGAGGAAAGGUUGUUGAAGCCCAGUGCCCCUUACUUUCCAGCUGCCCAGCUGACAUCUUCACAACAUCCCACUGCUCGAAUGGUCACUGUCAUGGCUCCUGCACCUCCAGUCAGAUUGGUAAGAAGGCAUCUACCUAAUUUCUUGGGAAGCUACCUAGUGCCACAGGCCUUGAGAGAUUGUCUGGAGGCCAAAACCGAUGUACUGGCAGUUCAGCCUGCUCUUGGGGAGCCACUGUGUCCUUCCUCCAUGGUGCCUCGUUUUUCUACUCUGCUUUGGCUGGAGGAGUUGCAGGCUGAAAGAGAGCUCAGAGAGUUCAGUAUCAUUGGUGCCCUCUUAAAAAAAGGAACAGGGUCCUUGUACCUGGAGGUGCCUGGAUUGAGUGAAGGAAGGCCAAGUCUUUUCAUAGGAGACAAAGUUGUUCUGAAGAAUCCAUACAAUGGAGGAUUUGCUAUACAGUAUAUCGGCUAUGUUACUGAGAUCAAUGAGGAGGAUGUGAGUUUGCGGGUAAAUUCGGCAUUUCUGAAUAACUACUUAGGGGAGCCACUGGAUGUCGAGUUCACUUACAACAGACUGCCUAUGAGAAGAUGCCACCAUGCUCUGGAACAGACCAAACACUUAGGAGAGAAUGUACUCUUCCCAGAUUUGCAGCUGCAGAGCCCCUUGUGGACAGGUGAUUGGGAGCCUGAAAUGUCAUCCAAGCAGGAUGAAAACAAAACAUCCAAGGAAGAUAAAGGUGGAGAAAAACCCUGUGAGAACGGAGGGAAGCCAUCUUCUCUGACCAUGGACAUGGUCUCUGUGGCAACACAGACAAAAACAGCUGCUAAGCCCGUUCCAGACCCAGGCAAGUUCUUUAACUGCAAUCUUAACCCUGCUCAGAAGGAGGCAGUCAAACGCAUUCUCAGUGGACAGUGUCGCCCCACUCCAUAUGUGCUCUUUGGCCCACCAGGCACAGGCAAAACUAUCACACUCAUAGAAGCCAUACUGCAGGUGUAUUAUCGUGUGCCUGGGAGUCGUGUUUUGGUGUGCACUCCGUCUAACAGUGCUGCAGAUCUCAUCUGUAUCCGUCUGCAUGAGAGCGGCUACCUGAAAGAUGCCAGCAUGGCACGAGUCAACGCCACCUGCAGGAUGGAGGAGUUUAUUCCCGAGGUUUUGCGGCAGUACUGCCAUGCUGGAGAGGAUGUACGCCAUGCUUCUUUCCACCGUAUUGUUGUCAGCACCUGCACCAGUGCUGGCAUGUUUUACCAGAUUGGCUUACGUGUUGGCCAUUUCACUCAUGUGUUUCUGGAUGAGGCUGGUCAAGCAACAGAGCCUGAAUCUUUGAUUCCUCUUGGCCUGGUGUUUGAAAAGACGGGGCAGAUAGUCCUGGCUGGAGACCCAAAGCAACUGGGUCCAGUAGUGAAGUCUAAAUUAGCUGAAUCUUUUGGACUGGGAGUGUCUUUGCUUGAGAGACUGAUGGCCAACCCUCUGUAUUCCUGCACUGAGAAGGGCUACAAUCCAUUUCUGGUGACUAAGCUGGUGUAUAACUACCGCUCCCAUGAGGUGUUGCUGGAGCUACCGUCUCGGCUGUUCUACGGUGGCGAGUUGUGUGUACGCUCACAGAGAGCUGUCGUGGACUCCCUGUGUCACUGGAGCCGCCUUCCUACCAAGGGCUUUCCUCUCAUCUUCCAUGGAGUCAGGGGCACAGAGAUGAGGGAAGCUACCAACCCGUCUUGGUUUAACCCUGGAGAAGCAGUGCAGGCCAUGCUUUACUGUUGCCAGCUGGCAAAAAGACUCUACAACCCAAUACCAGCUUCUGAUAUUGGCAUCAUCACUCCUUACAAAAAACAGGUGGAAAAGAUUCGCGUGCUGCUGCACAGGGCUGGGCUGGCUGACAUUAAGGUUGGCUCAGUUGAGGAAUUCCAGGGACAGGAGUUCUUGGUCAUUAUUCUCUCUACGGUGCGCUCCAUUGAGGCAUUACCAAGCAAUGACAUUCAGAGUACACUGGGCUUUCUGUCCAACCCCAAACGCUUCAACGUGGCCAUCACACGACCCAAAGCUCUUCUUAUUGUUAUUGGCAACCCACACGUGCUGGUCAAGGACCCAUGUUUUCAUGAACUGCUGCAGUACAUCUAUGAGAAUGGUGCUUACCUUGGUUGUGACCCUCCGGUGUCCCUCCUAACCACUAAUAGGGCUGCUUCUAAAGAGAAGUAGGAGUAUAAAGAAGAAUUCUUAACUGGUUAGACUAUAUAAUGUAUUUCAAAUUAAAAAAAAUCUGUUCUA